AUGUUAGACAACAAACAGAACGAUACCUUUACUCUCGGCUUCUGCGUACACAAUCUUGUCGAACAUGCUGCUAUCAGGUUCUACGAUAAAAUUGCCUUGAUUUGUGCAAACAAGUCCCUCACAUUCGGUGCUCUCAACUGCCUCUCGAACCAGCUCGCACUGUCCUUGAUAGAUUGGGGCAUUGGCCGCGGCAAGAUUAUCGCCGUCGCCCUAGAAAGAUCACCCAGACUUGUUGUAGCCUUAUUAGCGGUGCUCAAGACGGGUGCUGCCUAUCUCCCUUUGGACCCUGUAUUUCCAAAUGAGCGCCUCAGUCACAUGUUGAACGACGCCUCUCCGAGUUGUAUACUCGUCGAGUCUACAUCAAAAGACCUAUUCGCGCCAUGGAGGGGCAUUUGCUUCGAUGUUGAUGACAUGCAAAGCAUGCCUGCCGGCGCCCGAAACCCAAACAUCAGCGUGCAAGUCACUGAUCUGGCUUAUAUUACGUACAGUUCAGGGCCGACUGGACAAGCUAGGGGCGUUCAAGUCACCCACGGCGCCAUCUCUAAUAUCCUGUGUUCAACGAUGCGCGAGCUUGGUUGUAAGGAGACAGAUCGCCUAUUAGCCAUCACAACUAUUUGCUCCUCCAUUGCUGUCCUAGAGCUUUUCUUACCUCUUUUAUGCGGUGCUUCCAUCGUCCUCGCUCGGACACCGGAUAUCAGCACUCCAAAGGCAUUGCUUGGUUUGAUGAGGCAAUAUCGCAUCACUACUAUGCAGGCCACGCCAGUAAUAUGGCAGAUCCUGCUGAACCAAGGACUUCAGGACGUACACCGCUUGGCGAAUCUGAUUUGCAACGGCGGCAAGUUGCCACAGAAGCUGGCGCAGAAUCUUCUCUCAUGCGCGGAUUCGGUUUGGAAUUUGUAUGAGCCUACAGAGGCAGCCAUCUGUUGGAACUUGUAG